UUCUUUCUCUCUUUAUCUAAAUAAGAAUGAAAUAUUUGUACUCACGUAUGCUUGCUGGGGAUUCCGAACCCGUCAAACCCAAGAAACGGACAAAGGCACCUAAACCACCUAAACCCGUCAAGAUUGCCACGCCCAAAACUACAACCCCACCAGCAAGGGCUUUACCAUCUGUACCCAAACCUUUACCAACUCCCGCCAAUAGACCUGCCAUUGCAAACCAGCAGACACAUCCCGCUAUUAAAAAACCAACCCCUUUAACUACACCUAAAACUGCUCAUGAUGUCGACCGAUGGCGAUCGGAACCUACAGGUUCCAACAGAGCCAUUGUAGUCCCACCUCCCAUUAAUCUAUUCAAUACACCCGCCUCCGCCGCACAAAAAAAAGUGGACCCUACUAAAUCAAAAGUAAAAACUGCCAAAAAAGCGAAAUUAACCUCUACAACAGAGGAUACAACAACAACAACAACAACAACAAAAACAAAAACAACAGCAACAACAACAGCAGCAGCAGCAGCAGGGACAACACAAGGACAGCAGACAGGUACAAAAUCCAAGGUAAUGAAAACCACUACUGCCAAAGCACCUUUGAAAAGCACCACAGUCAAAUCCAAGGCUCCGUCAACCACAGGCGGGAGAAAGCGAACUAUUGAUACGGAUGACGAAGAUGAACCCGUACAACGCAAAGUUGUUAAAUCACGACGUAAACAUCAAAUCUUACCCAUUCUUAGUGGUGCAUACAAAUUAGCGACGGUAUUCAAGGGACAUACAGACAUCAAUGUUCCGGUCAAAGAUAGAAACGAUCAUGACAUGGAAGAUGCUAAAGACAUCUGGUGCUGUGAAUUCGAACCACGUCGAGAAGGCCAACUAGAGAAUUCUAAUACGGUAGCGCUCUGCGGCUCCUACAGUGUUCUCUUAUUGGAUACCCAACAAAAGCGAUACACCAAAAAAUACACCCAUUCAGAAAUCCAAGAGAUAUUUUAUUGUAUGGCUUGGACCACGCUAGCAGGUUCCGAAUUAUUAAACACGCAUGUUGUUGUCGAAGGAGCUGUAGGAAAUCAAGCCAGUUGUAAUAUUUUGGCUAUUGCAGGUCGUUUAGGAUCCAUCAAAUUAUUAAACCCUUUGCAGAAUGAAUGCUAUCGCUACUUGUUUGGCCAUGAUAAAGCUGUCCUCAAAUUGGCUUUCGCAAAGUCUGAGCCGAGAUGGUUGUUGAGUGCUUCAGCGGAUAAAACUGUGCGUUUAUGGGAUAUUGGCUCACCUAUGAGCAAAACUGACGAUUCUGUAUGCUUGGCGAGAUUCAGCUUGCCUCCUAGAACAGGCGUUCCUUCUGCACUUAGUAUAUCUUACGAUCUUUCAACCUUGGUGGUUGGAUUCGAUAAUGGCGACAUGGUAAGUUUUCAACUCACUGACGAAUUAUUACAACGCUUCCGAGAGAGAUCUAUGCAGUAUCGCAGUAAAGAAUCUCGCACCGGAGAUAAAUGGACUUCGUUUGGAGCAUUGGCCACUGUCCAACCACAACAUAUUUACCCUAAAGGUGGCGAAUGGCAUGCCGGCUAUGUGGAUGAUGUCUAUAUAUUUGGACAAGAUGGCGAUACCACCAGCAAACUUUAUAACCGAAUCAUUUCGAGAGGUGCGGAAGAUAUGGAAUUUAUUGUUUGGAACCCUGAAAAGAGUACGGAGACAGAUGCAGAUAUUCAACUGUCUUUGGCAUGGCCUGAUUCAAAGGAAUGUACGGGUGUUCGAUACAAAGUGAUUGAGGCGGAAGGACAAAAGGUGUUGGUUGCGGGAGAGUAUGAUGGCCAAGUGUAUAUUUAUGAUGUGGGCAACAGCAAGAAGAGUAAAACUCUAGCGGACAACAGUGUUGAGAAAUCCGAGCCAACACGGAUUUUAUCUCAUUCAAAGUCGUCUGAGCUUAUCCGGGAUGUAUGUUGUUCCAAUGAUACACGUACUAUUGUCGCUGUGGAUAAUAAUAAUACCGUAUUUGUUUGGAAUAAUACAGAAAACUAAACAAAUUACAUUUUGAGAAUAUGUUUUUAUUUUAAAAGAGGGUACACUUUGUACAUAAUGUUUGUGUGUAAGGG